UUGAGCCAAGCCAGACCUCCAGGAUUAGAGGAAGGAAGCAGAGGCUCUUUGGUGAAGAGGCACUGGGAGGGGUCUUGGCGGCAGCAGCAGCCAGGCAUGGGCUUGGACACCCGCUCCCAGAGGGCCAUGUCAGGGUCCCUGGAACAGGAAAGUGCCCCCGUGGCCUCCUCGCUGCCACCCCCGCCCUACGCUGGGGAGGGGGCUUUGGAGCUGCGGGGGUCUCUGGACUGCUGGGCGUGUGCCGUCCUGGUCACAGUCCAGAACUUGCUGGUGGGGGUCCUCAACCUGCUCUUGGUGGCCCUGGUCUUUGGGUUCUUCCUGCUCCCCGCCGGGGUCCUGUUGGGGUUUGGAUUCCUCUGCCACUCCAAGUUCUGGCACAAGCAGGAGCACUACUGCACAGCCCACCUGCACGACACGGCCUCGGUGGCGCUUCUGGUGCUGGGCUUCACCCUGCUGGUGCCUUUGCUGGUCCUGGCACUGGCGGCCUACUACCGCCUGGCGCGACGCCUGCAGCUGACCUACUGCCUCGUCCCCUACAGCAAAGCCGUCUACAAGAACCUGCCGGCGACCCACUACCACAACGCCAGUGGCUGCUGCUGCUGCUCGCAAGAUCUGGACACGGUGGGGAAAGUCUGGGUUUGAGAGCUGGGCGGGGCGGCGCUGGGGUGGGGGCAGAGAAAUAACUGGGGAAGGAACUGGACUGAGGAACUUCCAAAUGAGCACGCUUGAAAGAACUUGCUCCCCCCACAACGCCCAGCAAAGGGUGGACACUUCACCACAGUGAGAUGUGCAAUAGCGCAUCCGACUCGCUCGCAUCCCAACACGGACUCACGGGUGCAAAUGGAGAGGUGCUAGAUCCCAUCAGAAACAGGUGCAGUGGAGAAUCUGGCACAAGGGGAAUGCAAACUGGACGGCCAGCCCGGCCUCUUUCCCUGACAGCACAAGCACCAAGGAUCCCCUUCAAGGAGCAUGCGCAAGGGAAAACGCCACUACUCUCUGGCUUUGGGGGAGAGAACAGCCACAGUGCUCUGUGUAGGUUUGCCAGCCCUCCAGGAAUUGGCAUUUCUCUCUGGGUGACUCUUGAAAGAUGUUAAGGGGCUCUUGUGAAAAACAUUUGUGGGGGCCAGGCAUCACUUCAGUCAGAAGUCAGACUUGGCAACAUAACUUCUUGGUGUGGAGGCAGUGAUGUGUGUCAUGGUGCCUUUCAGUUAUCAGAACGGGCAGACACUGUUCCCUAAAACAGGUUUUGCUAUACAGUGAUCUCUUUGCUUGCUGAAUGUGGAUAGAUAGAACGAACCCUGGAUCUAUAGUGGAGGCUGAGGAGACAGAGCUGCUGGUGUGUUCAAAAAUCCCUAUUCAAGGGAUUUUUUUAAAAAAGUUGAGAAAUGAAUCCCUGUCUUUGUGUGAAAAGGAUACCUCAGCUUACAGUUAUCCUUGGUUACCCCACAAGUGGUCAUAUAGGCAGCUAGAGGUAGUUUUCUGCCCUAGCAUCUAGUUUACCUGUGGAACUCAAUGCCACAUGAUUUCUUAGCCAAAUGGGUGGGGAAACAGAGACCUGUUUAAUGACCCUGUGGAACACGUUGUGAUGGUCAUGGACUGUCAUCUCCAGAAGCUUAACAGGCCCAAAGAUGGGUCAAAGUUUAGAAGCAGUCGUCUACUACUCAUAGGGUUUGGGGAUUUCUGUCUGUCACGCACUCACACACUUUUUACUUUCUUUAUGCUUCACCUUGAGUUCUUUCAGAGUUUAUGUUUAAUAUCUAAUAUACCCGUUAGCUGAACAUGUUUAUUGCCAAUGGAACUCAUGCUUAUAGCUCCCUAGCGCCAUCAAUAUGCAGACUUUAAUUGUGUCCAGGGUUUUGAGUAGCUCUGUUCCUUCGGGUUUGGGUGAGUGUGUGGAGACCUUCCUUGACUUCUUUUGUUGCGGCAUCUGUUUUUAAAGGGAUGGCGGACAAAUUCAGACCCACAGGUGGGGGAUGAGCUGGCUUGGCAUGGCCCCUUCUGAAGAAGCAGGGCCCCACUGAGGCAGGGGCCCCACUGAAGCCAGCCCAGCUCCUUCCAAUUGCUGGCACAGAACUCCCAGAUCCAGGGAUGGCAAAGGAGAAAGGACGGAGCACUUCGGUGCCCAUAACACACACCUUUUAGAUGCCUGCAGUUGUCUUUUCAAGGCACAAAGCAGGGGGAGUGGUGGGUGGAGUUGCAUGCUAAACAAGAUGAGCAAUUUGUCAGCCACUGGAAGCAAAUCCAUACAUUAAGAGCUGGAGAUUGAUUGUUGGGUGUGAUAAACCAGAAUGUUAGCAGCUUAAAGCUAGCUUUACACAGCGGUGUUUGCACCCGUUAUGCAGCGCGAGGCGGCCAUUUUUCCUACCCCAGGGCCUGGCGGAGGGGCCACAGCUGCUGGAAUGGGUUUGCCUGCCCUCCGAUGAUUGUGGGGAAGCUCUGCCCUCCGGCAAGGUGGGCAGUUAGGGGCCUGGAAUGCAACUCUCCCUUCACAGGCGGUGGUGGGUGUUUCUUCUUGGGUGUUAAUUGUCCGGAAAUGGCCUCUGGGCGCACUGAUCUCUCUGGAAUGCCUGGAAUGGGGAAGGGGCACAUUCCACCAGCCCCCUCCGGCCAAGCGGGGAAGGGGGCUCAUGGGUGGGGGGCAUGAUGAUGAACAAAAGAAGCCCUUUAGAACAGGUUGCUUGACAACAGGGAGAGCUAAAGGCCCCUUGUGGGGCACAGGCUGCUUCUCUCUGCAGAUGCUGCUGGAGUGACUACAACUCUCAUCAUCCCCAGCCAUUGUGGCUGUGGGUGAUGGGAGUUGUGGCCCAGCAGCAUCCCGACUCAAGGUUAGGAAACCCUGGUCUAGGGCGGGGGCAUGUGAACUUCUGCAAGGCCGCAGGUGAUGGCACCUCCCAUCAGAUACACCAAUAUACAUGGUAAACAAAUGGUGAUAUACAAAUAUGCAUUUGUAAAUAAAGCAGACCUUACAGAAAUA